GGUAAAUUAGUACUUACGUUAAUUGUUCAAGUAUUCGUGCGUCAUAGCUGAAUGUACCAUACUCUCCAUUACGCUCAUAUCACAUGAGUGCGCGAUCGAAAAUUGUCCAAGCUUCAAGAUGCACCUCACAUCCCACAAUCGCACGCUCCUCUAUCCUCCAGGCUCGCCAAUGCUUGCGUGAAAUGCCUCCGACCCUCAAUGUCCCCCCUACAGAUCGCCAAAGAAUGCCUCGCCAACCAGUCUAAGCAUGUCCGCCUGAAUGCCUUCAUCUCUCGCGCAUCGCAGGCCUCCAUUCUCGCCCGCGCGUCUGCCGCUCAAGAUGUCGCUCCGGGCCAUUGGCCCCCUCAUGGCCAGCUCAUAGCCAUUAAAGAUAAUAUUUGCACCACCGAUUUCCCUACAACGGCUGCUUCCGGAACUUUGAAGAACUUUACGAGCCCAUACGAUGCGACGGUAGUGAAGCUCCUCCGCGAUGCGGGAGCGAUCAUUGCGGGGAAGACGAACAUGGACGAAUUUGGGAUGGGUUCACACUCUAUACACUCUCAUUUCGGAGCAGUGAGGCACGAAGAGGAGGAAGGGACAGUGCUUAGUGCCGGUGGAAGCUCCGGUGGCAGCGCUGUGGCUGUUUCAUCUGGUCAAUGUACAGCUGCACUUGGAACCGAUACAGGAGGCUCUGUCCGAUUACCAGCCGCAUACACCAGCAUAGUAGGCUUUAAGCCAUCGUAUGGUUUGCUCUCCCGGUGGGGCGUCAUUGCAUAUGCCAACUCGCUCGACACUGUUGGCAUAAUUGCGGAGGACGUGGAGACGACAAAGCAUCUUUUCAUGACUUUGAACAAGUACGACAGCCAGGACCCUACAUCUCUCCCCCCGUCUACGCGGGCUCGUCUAGGCGCCACGAGCGGCUUCAACUCAGAUCCUCGCCAUUCGCAGCGUCCCCUACGAAUCGGCAUUCCCUUGGAAUACAACAUCUCGGACCUCCACCCCGACGUAAAAGCGACCUGGAAACGAGCCCUUGACCUCCUCGAACUAGAAGGCCACACCCUCCACCCGGUCUCCCUACCCAACACGCGCCACGCCCUCUCAGCCUACUACAUCCUCGCGCCCGCCGAAGCCUCCAGCAACCUCGCCAAAUACGACGGCGUCCGCUACGGCACGCGCGCAGACGGGCCAGACGGCACGCCCACCAGCGUCCUCUUCGCACAAACCCGAGGCGCGAACCUCGGACUAGAAGUCCAGCGCCGCAUCCUCCUCGGCGCCUUCUCCCUCAGCGCCCAGGCCAUCGACAACUACUUCAUCCAAGCGCAGAAGAUCCGCCGCCUCGUCCAGCAGGACUUCGAUCGCGUCUUCGCGACUCCAAAUCCCCUCCUCAGCACGCCGGACACCCACGCCGAAGACGAGGGUGUCGACGUGAUAAUAAGUCCCACGGCGCCGACCCCCUCCCCGCUCCUCUCAACCGUCUCGUCCCAACCCCCGACAUCCGCGUACAAAAACGACGUCUUCACCGUGCCCGCAAGCCUGGCAGGCCUCCCCGCGAUCAACAUCCCCAUCAUGGUUCCCCAGGGCGACAAGCAACGUCCUGCUAGUCCGUCGUACCACUCGAAGUACUCGUGGCGUACGCUCGGCGUCCAGAUCAUUGGACAGUACGGCACCGAUGAUCUUGUGCUGGAAGUCGCGGAGGCGUUGAAGGAGUACGAUGAAGCCGGUUUCAAUGAUGGGGAGAAGGUUAGGGAAGUGGAGGAGGAUGCAUGAAUAACCAAAUAACACGGCGUGGUACAAGUCGAGCGAGAUACACUGGGGAUCUGAUGGGGAUGUUGUAUGAUAGAAGUAUGUGUACAUACAUACGGUGAUACGAUAACGUACGAUAUGAUAUGAUUAGAUUCAAAAUCGACGAAGUUAGAGCUCAUAGUCACCACCAGAAAUCAAGUACUCGUAAUCGUACUUGAGAUCCUUCUUACGACAUGUGUAUCAACG